GAAGCAUCAAAACAAGUGGGGCCAGUUCGCGUUGAGAAAAAUGUAAAACUUUUAAAGUCAUGAGCAGGCAUGUGGGUAUAUAUGAAUGAAUAAUGAGAUGGCCCAAGAUAGCUUUUGACUGUAAAAGUUUAUUGGGUGGCAUUUUAUGCAGCAGUAAAUUUAUACGCUUCAGCAAACUGGCAUCUGCAGAAUCAUUGCAAAGCGGACUGCUUGUUACGCGACAUGCUUGUCCGCUGGGGCAUGCAGUAUAUAGGUAAGGUAGGGAUGUUUUCCUAAAAUACCACAGCCCAGUGCACCGCAGUGGGACAGAAUUAAAGGGAAUUUUAUUAUACACUUUAUUAUAUAUUCCUGACGGUUUCGAGCCAUACAGACGGGAUAUAUAUACAGCAACAAAACGACAGUGGUUACAGCACGCGCACAAGAUGGAUUCAACAUUAAAACAACUGAACAGUUAAACAGUAUGAUCGCUGUACUUAUGGAGGCCUGGGUGUCACCGCAAAAGCAAAAGUAAAGUUUAGGACCAUCUUGACGAACCGCUGUUAAUUAAUAUGGGGAAUAAGAAGAACGAGAUACAAUGGAAAGAAACACCGAAAGGGAAAAUCUUUUUCCAACUUUUGCUGCCACUCUUAGCUGAGUUUUUCACAACAUUCUUACACACUUUCUGGGGCUCCAUGGCUGGAAUACCAUCAACACCUACACACUUCUCCGCACUCAACAGAACGGUGACGACCCAAGAAUGGGCAGCGGAUUAUUUACUAUCCGGGUUGGUACCUGCAAUGCAAGCUGGGUUUGCCGUGUGGAUGCUUAUCGUUGGAUUCUUCAAGAUAUGCGUUGUGCAUUUCAACCCAGCGAUCUCGGUCGGGUUUCUAGUCAGCGGCGAUCUUUCAUUCAAGUUGUUUCUACCUUACGUUAUCAUGCAGUGUAUGGGGGCUAUUUUUGCAGCUUUCAUAGCUCAAACGUUACGAGGUGAAAUGCUUGUACCUUUCUAUAUCAGCGACGAUGCCAACAUCCCUGCUAUCUUCUUCUGUGAGGUGAUUACCACAGGCAUUAUUAUAUUCUAUACCCUAGCUAUGGUGGUAGAUAAGUCGUACGAUCAAGCUACUGGGCCUCUUGCUAUUGGAAUGACUGUGUUUCAAGGAAUUUUGGCCGGGAAAUGGAUUGGCGCUGGUUGUUUGAAUCCAGCCAGGUGGUUUGGUCCUGCUGUAAUGGCUGGUGGUAAGGCCUGGAACUAUCACUGGGUAUUAUGGGUUGCAGAUUGCGUUGGGGCUGCUAUAUUUGCUGUUUUCUACAUGUCAUUUUUUGCACCUGCUGAUCGUGUGUGGGUAAUGAAGAUUGGAACUGGCAAUAAAACAUCUUCUAAUAAACCAGAAGACCAAGAAUUGGUCGAAAGGAAAAAAGAACCAUCCUCGCCUUUAUAAUCCAGCUUUUCUUAAUAUGUACAAUUUGUUAAUCAAAUAAUCUUUGCAUUCCUGCUUCACGUUAAUAAAAAUUAGCCUGUAUAAUUUUACUGCCCUUUAUGUGGCAGAAAAAGAGAA